ACAUGAAUCGCUUCAAUAUCAAUUUCCUGGCAAUCCAAAAUCAUUUUAUGAUUUGAUAGGGUUGGUAAUCUAAGUAUGUUGCACUAUUAUCAAUUUCUACUUUAUCAUAGUCAUUCAGAAUUACUCAGAACGAUUUUCUUGAACAACUUGUCACAGUUUUCAGAACUUUUUGUAGUUGGGCGUAAGGAUAUUAGGAACUUGAGACCAUCAGCGCACCCAAACUCCCGGAUGUUAGAGGUCACCGUAGGUCAGUUCUCACUACUUCCGUACAUGCGUAGUACGACCAACAAUCAUGGCGGCUGGAUCGAACCAAAAUACACCUGUGGACGGACUUGUUGAUGUUUUCUUUAUUUUUCCAGCGUUUUAAACAAUGAUUUAGAAACGCAGAGCACAGUGAUGUGUAUGUGAUGUGCGUCAGUGGCGUCCGCUGCGGGGUGACCUUCCGACGUCUGCGUCACCAUGGUAGGUGGGAGCAUCCCUCUACUGACGUCGUGACGCACGUUCCAGUGGGUCUGCGUCAUGACGUUGUUAGUUGGGAGAUGACAAACGGCUGCCCUGUGGGCCUGACCACCAGCGAGGGUCUGGACAUCCUCCAUACUGACAUCUCCAGGCUACUCAGGGAGGUGGACAUCAAGAACAGGACUGGGAAGAACAGUUGGGCACCAUUCCACCACCGGAACGUGCGGUCCACGUUGCCAUGGACGACCAUCGCUAUCUGGGUGCUGCAGGGUGCCGCGCUGUUUGUGGCAUACGGGAUGGUGGCACAGGACAUGGACAGGAGGGACAGCCUUGUUGUGGAGGCCUUUGUUGUCCUGCUGGUUGCCAUGGUGAGCUGUUACCUGACAGGGUGGGACGGGAAACUCCAUCAGGAGGAGAUGAUUGACAAGGUCAAGGUCGCUCUCAAGGAGAUUGAAGGUUGUAUCCAGUCCUGUUGUGAGUUGGGUUGGGAGGAGAAGCUGUACCCUGACCUGUACAUGCCGUCCUGUCCUGCCAUCACUGCCACAUGGACGUACCGGGACGGUCAGCUGGUCAACCUCCCGGCUGCACUGCUGGUCCGAGGUGACAUCAUCACUCUCAGGCCUGGCCAGACCACACCAGUGCGAUGUCGUCAGCUGGAGGGUGACAGUUCCCUGGAGCUCCAACCAGGUGACACCUACAGCCCCUCUGUCCCAGACUCCGAGGAACCCCCUUCCAGCCCCCGGUCGGUACCCCCCCUCAAACCCUGCAGGUUCCUAGUGACACAGACGGCUUUCACAACCAACAUCAGAAUGUGUCUGGAGAACUGCCAUAGGAGACCGGUGAGUGUGCAGGACAGAGAGAGACACGACAUCCACAGACUGGUGGAGUGGCGACUGCUACCUCUCAUACUGGCACUGGUACUCCUGGUGAACCUGCUGAGGUACUUCCUCUUGAGAGAUGAUGUGGGCCACUGGGCUGAGAUGCUGCUUGCCCUGCCUGUGUACACCAUCCUGCCAUUGUUACCUCCCCUGUUCCCCUGGCUGUGGCUGGGGCUGAACACCUACGGCACUGCCAGGGUGCUCGCACUCAUGCAGGCCGGGAAAACACAACAGAUUGAUGUGUUUGAGGAGGAGGAAGAGGAGAGGUUCCUGCUGACACAGAGCCUUCCAGUCCAGUGGAGGUCGGUAAGGGUCCUGAUGUGGGAGGUUCUGACAGGCAGGACGGAAAGUCUACCACGGACAGCUAACAUUCUCCACACACUGGGCAGUGUUACUGCACUUUGUUGUGUAGACAAGAGAGGGGUCCUCUCCUGCCCAAAUGCCUCUCCCGAGAAAGUCUUCUUCCUCACAUCACUAGAGGAUGAUGGGAUGGGGUCAGAUGUCAGCAGCGAGACUGACCCGAAAAGUAACAACCUUGCAGAAAAUAUGGUCAACAGCAGCAGAGAGGAUGUAAACAUAGAUUUAGAGACACGGGAUGUUUCAUUUAAAGCCAACACAGAACUCUUGCAGAGAGACAAAAGUGUGGAAAACAAGGAAACGCACAGACCUUCUAAGAAACAGACUUCAAACACACCCGCAAAAUCACAAAGUCAAGAAAACCUUCAAAAAGAUGCAGUUGUAGACACAAAAGCAGUUUUACAGGAGUCGUUUUCUGAAGAGGAGUUUUUUGAGUGCCAUGCAGAAGUUCUGGACAUCACAGCAGACCCACACAGCUCGUCAGGGAUACAGUUUGAUGAUACCAGAUGGGAGCGACACCUCAACUCACUCAAACCACUGGGUUUGAACAUCUUGUUGAACAUCUGUAACCCUCUUGCCGUGGAAAGGAAUUCCAGCUUCAUGGAUCAUCUGAACUGCGUAUCAAGAGACAUGGGGGGCAGGGCCAUUCUCAGGUAUAGGAGAUGUUUAUGUCAGCUGGUGCACCAGAUCGGAUUCUCAGACAAAGUGCUGGAGCUGUUUAAGCUGAAGACACAGGUGGCUGCGUACCGAGGCCUGGGAACCGGGCUAGGGCAGGACCAGCUAGCCAGGAAGAGCUCCUUCCUCAGAAACAAGCUGCCCAUGCCAAAUAUGGUGUCUGUGGUCACCAAGGACUACACCACAGGCAUGCUCCAACUGCUGACCCACGGAACAGCUGACAUUGUGCUGGACAGCUGCACUGACUUCUGGGAUGGUAUCGACCUCUGCCCUCUAACAGACAAAGAUCGGAAGAAAAUUCUUGACUUCUACCAUCGCAUGAGCCUGUCUGCUUACUGCUCAGCCUUUGCCUACAGACCUCUGGAGAAGGAUGAGGUUGCCCCCAUCCCAUUGGACGAGCAGAAACCAAUCAGUGUGCAGCCUGUAUCCAGGCAUCUUGGCGAGGUUUUCUAUGAGCUGCCUGUGAGGGAAAUGGACGAGCCAAGAGGACCUGACACACCUGUGUCUGAUACACGACCAGAGGAUCUGUCCUCCCCUAUACUGACUGAUCCCAGUGGGAGCCUAGGAGAUUCUAACCACUCCCUGUCUUCUCAUGGCAAGGGUCGGACCAUCAAAAAGGAGCAGGACUGGUUCAGUGCUCAGAGCAGGCAGGUGUUCAUAGGGAUGGUGUCAGCGCAAUACCAGGCCAAACAAGAUGUUGUGCACAUGAUUGAGGACCUGGACACGGCCUGUAUCAGGUUUGUCCACUUCUCAGCCGAGGAUGAACUCAGGAGCAGGAUCUUCUCAGAGAAGAUGGGUCUGGAGGCGGGGUGGAACUGUCACAUCUCUCUCCUGUCCUCACCGGAGGACCGAUCAAGGCACAGCUCAGGACCAGAUGGAGACAGAUCACGACACAGCUCCGGAGACACGGAGGUCCCCGCACGGAGAAGUAAACUCCAGCUGCUGGGGAGCCAUGCAGAGGAGAGAGUGCCAAUUUUAGAACAUUCACAAGUGACGUUCAGGGAUGAAGUCUCGGAGCAUCUCCUACCAGAAUCCCCCGAACACAACGUCUUGGACAUCAACAGAGAUUCUGGUAGAAACUUAGACGUACAGGACUUCUCAGGAAACCAGGGUUCCACAGACGGGGUAAACGUUUCGCGUCAGUGCAGCUACGAGAGCCAGAACUACAGAUAUGGCGGAGAAUUUGGGUCACAGGACAACGUCCUAAUAAGGGAUGAUCGUCAUGAUGACAUCAUUUCCAUGGAAACGGAUGUGACGAGCCAUCACAGUGACGUCUUCGACAUGACAAACAGGGCAAAGCUCCCCAGAGGCAUAGACAACAUCAGACCACAUCUUGAGAAUGUUGACAAUGUGCCCCUCCUGGUGCCGCUCUUCACAGACGCCACUCCUCAAGCUACCAAGGAGAUGCUGAAGAUCAUGCAGGAGUAUGGGGAGGUUGUGUGCUGCGUGGGGAGUUCCACCAACAUACAGAACACCGGGGUCUUUCUACAGGCAGAUGUCAGUGUGGCAGUGGAGCCAGGGUACCCGCAGCUGUGCAUGCGGCACGGUGCCCCUGCGGUGUCACAGUGUCAGGAGAAGGGCUCCUCACCGUGUCUGUUGAGCUGUGUUCUCAACACCCUGCCCUGUUCCACAGUCUUUGACAAGGAGCACAACUACACCAGCAUACUGCUGCAGAUGAUACAGGAGGCUCGACACCUGGUUCUGUGCAUCAAGAACUGCUUGCUGUUCCUGUUGGGCUGUCAGCUGUCUAUUAGUCUGGUGCAGGUCUUGUCUGCAGUUGUCCUCCUCCCCCCACCGCUGAGCGGCGGCCAUGUUCUCUGGCUGUCGUGUCUCGUUGUGCCAGUCCUCAGCGCCUCGCUGGUCGCCAAGGAGGUCGACAAAACGGUCAUGACUCUGGCACCAGGAAAGAACCAGAAUCACCUGCCAGUGGAGUCCCUGCUGCAGUUCACGCUGCACUACGCGGGCAGGUUUGUCCCGUCCCUGGCCGUCUGUCUCCUGUGUUUCGCCCUCGUUCUCCAUGCCGUCUGCUCCAAGGUCUCCCCACCUGGCACCUGUCAUCCCAUGUUCGGAAACAGGAACCUGACCUUGUCAUGGAACGACUACGAGGGUGAAAACUCGACAGGGCUGGUCCUGGCUCAGGAGUGCUGCUGCUUCCUUCUCAUCAUUUAUUUUGGUGUUACAUCGAUGAGCUAUGUACACAGGUCCCAUCCCCUCUGGAGAAGACCCCCCUUCACCAACAGAGUCUGGCUGGUCUGUGUCCUCAUCAUUCUGAUGCUGCAGGUUAUCUACUUUGCCGUUGCCAUGGCGAUAUCGUCCGCCAACCAUUCGGUGCAGUUCUCCCUGCGGGAUGUUCCGCUGUCGGCAUGGUUACUGGGGUUACUCUGGGUCAUUGGGCUGGUGGUUUGUAAUGAGCUGGUCAAGCUGCACGAGACAAGAUUAUCAGUGAGGUACCAGAAGAGAGCCAAGCUGCAGUUCGGAACCAAACUAGGAAUGAACUCCCCUUUCUGAGCCAGCCAAUCAGAUUGCAUAUCAGGAACCUCAGGCUGUACCACUCAAUCUCUGGGGAGGCAAAGGUGGAUAAGAUGAGACUCUUCAGCUUAUGAAUGACUAUGUUUUCUCUAAGAAAGUGUCCACUUUUGUCUAGCAUGUAAAUUGUGAAACAAAAAAAUGGUAAAUUGUACAUUGUAUCACUAAACUGAGGCCCAGUAUCAAUUGUGCCAUUUUUAUUCUUUGUUGCAUGGGAAAUCUUCUUGUUAGCAUGAACUAUUUUUUUUUAUUAUAGGCUGUAAUAUUAUUAUUAGCUGAGCAACAGUUCAUUUUCAUUUAGAAAAUUUUGAGAAAUUCAAAGGAAAGAAAUUAAAGUUUAGCUGAAUGAGUUGAUGCUUAAAGGUUCAACAGCUUGCUGCUUGUUCAAUAAAUAGUAGAAAGAACAUUAUAAACUGACACCCAUGGAUAGUCUUAUCAGGUUGGCAAGAGACUAAAUAAGAAGCUUCUUUAUUCAACCAACAUUUCAAGACAAUGCUCGAUGUUUGGAACUGCAUUUGUAAUAAUAACUGCAGCAGCGACACCUAGCUGCAGUAAAAUCAGAUCCAGUCGUUGUUGCUGUGAAGUGGUGACAGAUGGUCACCAAAACAUCAGAUGUAGAAACCCACUGGUUGUUGAAUUAAGAACCUUCUUGUACUGUAGCCUGAGCCUUCAGGCUUUGAAAUCAGAUGGAGCCUCACCGUGGUCAGCUGCACAAGGUGGUUACCUGACCAGGUUUGACUGUACCAUUAGAUUAGAACUUAUUGUAAAAUGAGACUUAGUGUAGAAAAAUGUUUCCUGUAAAUGUAAAACAGAAUUGCUUCAGAUAUGGUAGCUUGAAUGCUUACUGUCUUCAUAUCAAAAUUAUAGCAAUAUUUUUGUAGCAAUUGCCAACAAAGUCUUGAAUGUGUACAAAUGAACACUUGAUUGUAAAUGUACAAACUAAUUCAGUGACCUAACAGUGUAUCAAAGAAACUCUAUAAACUUACUCUAAAUGUGCUGGUUAAUAGAAUUACUAGUUUGUGCAAAGUGACUUACUUACCUUGAGCAAAAAAGUCCCCCCAUGACAGUAGGUUGUUUUCUAAUUUUUAAUUCUGGUACCUCUUAGAGAAUGGUAACAAAGGUCAGUCUAUGCCAAUGUAAACAAAAGUGGCUGAGUGUUGGAACAUAGACAUACAUGACACGAAUUUCCUUGGCAGCCUUUUUGUAACCCCUGCAUCUCCUUAUUGGAUCAGUCUCUUAUUACCUCUCAGUGAGUUGAGCUUGUCAGUAGCAAAAUGUUAUUGACUUAGGGAGAUUAGAUGCUGUUAAAGGCCAUUCAUGUACCAUGUCCCAUGAUAUGCAGGAUUGCUUCAAACAGGUGCCGUCAUAUGUGUAACUUAUAUAUAUCCAUGAUGACAACUGUACGUGUUACAUUGCCUUUUCUUGGUUACUAUUUAUGUUGUCACUUCCAGGAGUUUUCUUACAUGCAAAUUCUAAAUAUUCUAAUCAGGAAAUCAAAAUUUAUGUUGUUGUCCUGAAGAGAAGUGGUCAAAGCAAAAAUUUGUUUGUCCAGUAACUGUUGAUUUCUGUAGUUUUUAUCUAAAUGUAUGGCAAUACAUACAUCACAAAUCUGGAAAUUAAAAUGACUAUAACAAUUGGUCCUGUACCAUUGUAAGUGUCAUUCAUUUCACAUAUAUCA